ACACUUUUGAAUGAGAAGGCUGAAUCUCAGGCUCCCUGCCACCCAAAAGUAUCGGGACUAGAGCGCAGCCAAGAGCUGAACACAGAGAUUCCUUAUAUCCCACCCAUACAUAGUCCACCACCACCUCCUGCUGCUAUUGUCACAUCUGCCUCGUCUACACCUGCAUCAAGUACUCGGGCUAGCCCUCUAGUAAAGAAGGAACCUACCAUAGUCGCCCCAGCUCCGCCAAGACUUACACCUCAACCCCAACCACGUCCUCAGUCUCGGCCUUUGUCUCAGCCUCAGUUGUUACCUAUUGAGCUACGGACUCAGAAUCAUAUCCCUUCACAUCUUAACUACCCUGGACAUCAGCAGCUGCCACAAAACGGAAUCACCAGCAUCAGCCGGAGUAGCAGUGCUAGCAGUGCAGCGAGUAUCAGCAUUCCCAAGCACUUAUCGUCUUCCCCCCAGAUUCCUCCACAUCACUCUGCUGGACCGGGUCUGCCUCUCUCCAUCUCCAACCUUGCUACCUCACACUUUGCUCUCAGAUCUCAAACCCAGCAUCAUCCGGCCAUGUUUGCCACCCCUCCCACACUGCCACCUCCACCAUCUUUACCUGCUAAUGGCCUUGUAAUCCCUGGGCACCCUGCUGGAGCUGGAUAUUCAGAUCAUGAACUUCUCAGACAGGAGCUGAAUAAUCGAUUUUUGGUUCAGACCUCGGACCGGGCCGGUGCCCCUCUCAGCUCAGUGCCGCUGCUGAGGGCGGAGUAUCACCAGCACCAACACACGCACCAACACACCCAUCAGCACACUUUUACUCCCUUCACAUCCAGCCUACCCCCGACGCAGCUUAUGCCGCCUAAUGCACCUACCAUGGUGCGUACCCCAGCUCGAAAUUUUGACAAGUACGCUCCCAAGUUAGACAGCUCUUAUUUCCGUCAUUCUAGCUUCUUUCCAACAUAUACAUCUCCAAUGCCUGGAAUGCCCCCAAUGCUUCCUCAUUCAGGUCCAUUUAGUUCUCUUCAGGGAGCUUUUCAGCCGAAGACCUCAAAUACCAUUGAUGUCACUAGCAGGCCUGGUGCAGUACAUCACACCCUCCUACAGAAAACACCUGGGGUUACCGAUCCAUACAGGACACCAGUAAGAAAACCAGGCAAGUGGUGUGCAGUACAUGUCCAGAUAGCUUGGCAAAUCUACCACCAUCAGCAGAAGAUGAAGCAAAUGCAGAUGGAUCCUCACAAGCUGGAUAUUUGUGGCAAACUUGACCUGUUCAGCAGGCCGCCUGCACCAGGUGUCUUUCCAGGCCUCCCUUAUCCUCAUGAUUUAGCCAGACCUUUAUUUUCUAGCACAGGUCCAACUCAUCCAGGGGCAACACCCUUUGGACCUUCCCCACAUCAUAGCGGUUUCCUGCCGACAAGCCAUUUGGCUGCACACAACAGCUUGUUCGCUCACAAAGAGAGCCCGACUCUUCAGACCUUUAGCAGCCCCCAUGAGCCCUGGAACCGGCUCCAUCGGACUCCACCAUCUUUCCCAACUCCUCCUCAGUGGUCCAAAGUAGGAGAUUCCGAAAGAAGUUCCUCUGUGACGAACCAUGACAGAGACAAGGAAGACAAGAGGGAGUUGUCUCUGACAAAAGAUGAAGAGACAAAGAGAGGGACCUAUUAGAUAAGAGCCGACAUCAUUCUAACAGAUCCUCUCCAGCAUCAGCUCCUGUCAGCCACCAAAUAAGCAACCUCAUCCGCAGCAACAGCCAGACCCCUAGCGAUUCUCUGAGGCAAGGAAGCCUAGGGGACAGGUCCAAAGAUAUUGAACGGGAAAGCGCUGAUCGCUUGCGUGAAGUUCCAUCCACAGAGCACAAGAUCAAGGAAAGCCGUUCCCCAGUAAAAGAACCCCCAGUUCAUGAUAAGAGGACGAUAGAGGAUGGCGGUAAGCCAGUCAUCCAGUCUGUAUCACCGUAUGGUAAACCAGUUCUAAGUGAAAGUUUAAAAUUAAGCAACUUGGUAGGCAAAGACAGUGAAAGGAAGCCCGAAUUACCAACAGACCUCCAGAAGAUCAAGAGUGAUGUAAAAGUUAAGGAGGAACGCAAAGAGGAUUCAGAUGUGUUAGUAGUAGGUUCAGAGCCUCCUCAUCCGGUCCGGACAGUGGAACAUCAGCCACUUCCACCCCCAGCUUCCUUGCAUGGAUUAUCCUUUCACAACACAAUGGCAACCUCCAUGCAACUCCCAAUGGGUAGUGUCCACCAAAUGAACAACUUGAAUAUGCUGGACCGCAGUAGAGUAAUGACCCCGCUUAUGGGAAUGAGCCCUCUUACAGGCAGAGAGAGGCUUCCACAUGCGGGUUUUGCAUGGGACCCAGUGAGAGACCCCUUGCGUGAUGCUUACCGCACACUGGACUUGCAGAGACGGAUGGAUUUUCACUUGCGUGCUGAUGGUAUGCACAGGUACCCAGCGACAGCUGCUGCAAGCUUCUAUGACCAUGAACGAUCUUACCGUGAUCGCGAGCCACAUGAUUACAGCCAUGAACAGCUCUUGGAGGCACGAAGGGAACAGGAACGAUUGAGACAUGCAGAUGAGCGUGAGAGAGAACGAUUACAUUUAAGGGAAGAGAUAGAAAGGGCACGAAUGCACCAUCUUCACGCCUCCCCAUUAGAGAGCCAUUUGGCGCACAUGCCCUCCUUCAUGCCACACUUGAGUAGUGUGCCCUAUCCUAGACUCAGCCCUUCAGGCGCCAUGCACAAUGGAAUCCUAAACCGGACCCCACCCACAGCUGCACUAAGUGCCCCCCCUCCUUUAGUGCCAGCCAGCAACACAAGGCCCGCCUCUCCCCGCAGGACUAAUCCCCUCACAAGUUCAGAAGCACGGGACUUUUCACCUUCCAGAAAUCCUAAAGAAGUUGAGGCUCGAUAG